ACCAUCCUUAUUGAUUUGCUAAUAGACGAUCUUUGACCAAUGUGAGCCGUCGUGUCGUGUGCGGCUAUUAGCAGGGAGCGAAGUUCCAGAGACGCAGCGGCAAAAUGGGGAAGAAACAGAAGAAAUCCGCAGAGGACAGUGCCAAAGAUGAAGACGUCGACAUCGACGCCCUGGCUGCAGAGAUCGAAGGAGCUGGAGCCUCCAAGGAGCAGAAAGGGAAGAAGAAGAAGAAAGCAAACAAGAAGGAGGACUUUGAUGAGGAGGACAUCCAGAAGGAGCUAGAGGAGCUUUCUCUUGCGGCUCAGGGAGGACAGAAAACAGAAACCAUAGAAGAAGUUGAGCCUCCCAGACCAGAGAAGAAGAAGACCAGGAAGGGGAAAAAGGGUGGAGCCAGUCCUGAGGAUGAGGAGGGUGAUGAAGGCCAUGCUGAUGGACAGAAGAACGGAGAGCAGAAGGACAAGAAGGCGGCACCUCCUGCUCCUCCCUCUGACUCCGAUGAUGACAGCUCCUCGCGCUCUCGCGUCAAGACAAAAGGAGCAAAAAAAGGGGGCAAGAAGCUGUCCGUGUCUGACGAAGAGGAGGACAGAGAUGAUGAUGGAGGGAAGAAAGGAGGUGGGGGAGAGGGGAAGGAGGAUGACUCUGAAGAUGACCAGGAGUUUACCUCCAGGAGGGACAAGAAGAAGAAGAACAAAGGGAAGGGUGAGAAGGCUGAGAACGAGGCAGACGAGGAGCUGGAGGAUGAGGCGGGAGGCUUCAAGAUGAAGACGGCGGCGCAGAAGAAGGCGGAGAAGAAGGAGAGGGAUAGGAAGAAGAAGGAGGAGGAGAGAAUGAAGCAGAAGAAGCUGAAGGAGAAGGAGGCUGCUGGGGAGGUUAAAAAAGAGCCAGAGAAAAAGAUUGAAGCCACGCCCCCUCAGGCAGAGCUACCUGCAGCGGUGACAGAGGAACAGGAAGGGGCGGAGCUAGCAGCAGAAGAGGAACUGGAGGGUGACAAAAAGAAAAAAGAUAAGAAGAAGAAGAAGGAUGACAAGAAGGAGGAGAAGAAGACCAAGGGUCCCAGUAAGGCCACGGUGAAGGCCAUGCAGGAGGCUCUGGCCAAGAUGAAGGAGGAUGAGGAGCGAGCCAGGAAGGAGGAAGAGGAGCGGCUGAAGAGGCUGGAGGAGCUGGAAAAGCAGAGGCAGGAGCAGGAGCGUCUGGAGCAGGAGCGUAAGGAGAAGAAAAAGCAGAAGGAGAAGGAGAGGAAAGAGCGGCUGAAGAAGGAGGGGAAGCUGCUGACAAAGACUCAGAGGGAGGCUCGAGCUCGCGCUGAAGCAACGCUGAAGCUGCUGCAGGCUCAGGGAGUGGAAGUGCCAUCCAAAGACAUGAUGCCAAAGAAGAAACCGGUUUAUGGAGACAAGAGGAAGAAGAAGCUCAACGCCCAGACUCCUGAAGAAGCAUUAGAGGUGACCUCCCCAACCUCGGACACUCCAGAGCCUGUUGUCAUGGAGACGGAGGCUGAGACACCGGCUGCGGAGCCAGAGGUGAAGCCGGACGCAGCUGUAGACGACUGGGAGGCCAUGGCAAGCGACGAGGAGAAAGAGAGGAUGAGGAGGCGUAGAGCAGAGUUGAAGAAAGUUCACAUUGAAGUUAAAGAGGAGGCGACUGCUCCUUCUCAACCUGCAGCCAGCGAUGAGGAGGAGGACAGAGAUGAAGAGGACGACGACGAGGAGGACGACGAUGAGGAUGAAGACGAAGAGGAGGAGGAAAGUGAGGAAGAUGGUGGCGUGGAGAAGCCUCCUGCAGGUCACGGUAAAAGGAGAGCGCCAAGCGAAGAUGAGAGCAGCGACAGUGACGAGGACGAUGGGAGGACGAAAGAGGAGCUUCUGUAUGACCGAGCCAAGAGGAGGAUCGAGAAACGCAGAGUGGAGAACAUAAAGAACACUAACUUUGAUCAGCUCCGAGCGCCGGUGGUGUGUGUGCUCGGACACGUCGACACAGGAAAGACCAAGAUCCUGGACAAGCUCCGUCACACCCACGUUCAGGACGGUGAGGCCGGAGGAAUCACUCAGCAGAUCGGAGCCACAAACGUCCCGAAGGAGACGAUUGAGGAGCAGACCAAGAUGGUUAAAAACUUUGACAGAGAAAACAUCAAGAUCCCCGGAAUGCUGAUCAUCGACACACCUGGACACGAGUCCUUCAGUAACCUGAGGAACAGAGGCAGCUCUCUGUGUGACAUCGCCAUUUUAGUGGUGGACAUCAUGCACGGCCUCGAGCCUCAGACCAUCGAGUCCAUCAACCUGCUGAAGGAGAAGAAGUGUCCCUUCAUCGUUGCCCUCAACAAGGUCGACCGUCUCUACGACUGGAAGAAGAGUCCAGACACGGAUGUGGUGGCCACGCUGAAGAAGCAGAAGAAGAACACUAAGGAUGAGUUUGAUGAGCGCACCAAGGCCAUCAUUGUGGAGUUUGCCCAGCAGAGUCUUAACGCCGCCCUGUUCUAUGAGAACAAAGACCCCAGAACGUUUGUGUCAUUGGUUCCCACCUCGGCCCACAGCGGGGACGGGAUGGGGAACCUGAUCGCCUUGCUGGUGGAGCUGACGCAGACCAUGCUGGCCCGACGGUUAGCACACUGCGAUGAGCUGCGGGCUCAGGUCAUGGAGGUCAAAGCUCUUCCUGGUAUGGGAACCACGAUAGAUGUCAUCCUGAUCAACGGGUGUCUGAGGGAAGGGGAGACCAUCGUCGUCCCUGGGGUGGAAGGACCAAUCGUCACACAGAUAAGAGGCUUGCUGCUGCCGCCGCCUCUGAAGGAGCUCAGAGUCAAAAACCAGUACGAGAAGCACAAAGAGGUGUCCACUGCUCAGGGAGUCAAGAUUCUGGGUAAAGACUUGGAGAAGACCUUAGCAGGGCUCCCCCUGCUGGUGGCCCACAGAGAGGACGAGGUCCCCGUGCUCAGGGAUGAACUGGAGAGGGAGCUCAAACAGACCCUGAGCUCCAUCAAACUGGAGGAGAAAGGAGUUUACGUCCAGGCGUCCACUCUGGGGUCCCUGGAGGCUCUGCUGGAAUUCCUCCGAACAUCUAAAGUCCCGUACGCUGGCAUCAACAUCGGCCCGGUCCAUAAGAAGGAUGUGAUGAAGGCCUCCACCAUGUUGGAGCACGACCCACAGUACGCAGUGAUCUUGGCGUUCGAUGUGAAGGUGGAGAGGGAGAGUCAGGAAAUGGCCGACAGUCUAGGGGUUCGGAUCUUCUCUGCUGAGAUCAUCUACCACCUGUUCGAUGCCUUCACCAAAUACCGAGAGGACUACAAGAAGUCCAAACAGGAGGAGUUCAAACACAUCGCCGUGUUCCCAGUGAAGCUGAAGGUUCUUCCUCAGUUCAUCUUUAACUCCAGAGAUCCCAUCGUGAUGGGGGUUUCAGUGGAGGCCGGCAUCCUGAAACAGGGAACACCUCUCUGCGUUCCAAGCAAAGGGUUUGUGGAGAUCGGCGUGGUCACCAGCAUCGAGAUCAAUCACAAAUCUGUCGACACUGCCAAGAAGGGUCAGGAGAUCUGCAUCAAGAUCGAGCCCAUCCCUGGAGAGUCGCCUAAGAUGUACGGACGCCACUUUGAAGCCACCGACAUGAUCGUCAGCAAGAUCACCAGAGCAUCCAUCGACGCCCUGAAGAACUGGUUCAGAGACGAGAUGCAGAAAUCUGACUGGCAGCUGAUUAUGGAGCUUAAGAAGACCUUUGAGAUCAUCUGAAGGACCUGAGACACAAACACAAUCCUCCUCUGGCAACGUAGGACCCAAACCGGACAAAAGCAUCAGAAGGAAGUGUUUUUCUGUGAGAAACGAACCGCUCUCCACUGUUUUAAACAGUGAUAUUUUAGUCACAUUUCACUCAGUAUUCCAACGUGCCUGUUCUUCAGCAUCAACAUUUUGAUUUCUCUUCUUGGUCUGAUUUGUGACUGCUGCUUCGUGUCCUAGGCUCCGCCCCCUUGCCUGUCCUAACGAGAAUGGUGAGCAGCUCGGAGGAUCUAGUUCCCCUCAGAACCACAGAAAGGUCACAGACUUCACAAAGCUGACUUUGACUGCUGAGUGGCUCGGCGGCCAUGUUGGAAGGCUGGGUGGGGCCUGAGGGGGCGGGGCUCAUUAGUGACAGAAGAUUUAAAAGUUUUUACUGCAACUGUUGAUGUAAUAAAUUCCCAUGAUUCUAAUAAAACUUGCAGAUGAGAGUUUUCAGUUUACGGAUUUAAACUUCCACUGUGUGUAAAUACAAAUAAAUAAAAUAAAACAAAAUUAUUUUUCUCUUGAA